UACACCCUGCGAAGCCACUUUGACUCUAUUCGUGCCAUACUUUUCCAUCACACGGAGCAGAUCCUACUCACAGCUGGCGAGGACCACACUCUGAAGCUGUGGAAUCUAGCGAAGACGGUACAGGCUAAGAAAUCCUCCUGCCUGGAUGUGGAACCCAUGUACACUUGUCGCGGACACAACUCCCCCGUCCUCUGCAUCGCCCUUACGAGCUUCUCCGAGACUAGCGCUCCGGAUGCGGCCUCGCCGCCACCCUCCUCCGGUUGCGACAGUCCUGCAAACAUGAGUUCUUCACCUCCCUCCCUCUCUUCAACUUUUAUUUCCCUCUUCCUCCUCCUCCUCCUCCUCCUCCUCCUUGCUCUUCUUCUUCUUCUUCUUCUUCUUCUUCUUCUUCUUCUCCUUCUCCCUCCUCCUAAAGCCACAGAUCAGGGCAGAUAUCACCAGAAACCUGGAACUCUAGGUGCUGAUGGAGUCCUCUUGUCGGCGUCUGCGGAUGGAACAGUCCGCCUCUGGAACAUCCCUCCCAAUCUCCAACAGUCGGCAUUUGGCACAGUCAACAGCAAUACCACAAGCCUUUCACCGACCAGUCUCGCGGCCAACCGAGUCUAUCGCCUCGCAGCCCUGCUACCACUACCAUCGACCUUGUCUGACAGCAAGACCACCACCACCACAGAUGUUCCUCUCCCCACUUCAGUCACCUUCCUCUCCACUGAUCCGGACUCAUUUGCUGUCGGCCUGACUACUGGCGAGGUCUGCGUCAUCUCCCUGGAGUCUGGUCGUCUCCUGACUCUAUUUGAAAGCCAUCAGUCCGCGCCGCCGAGCGCUUCUGCAGGAUGUGGUCACGACUGCUCUAUCCGCUUGUGGGACAUUGAGACCAAGACUUGCGUCCAAGAGCUGACAAGUCAUCGAAAGAAGUUUGACGAGUCGAUACACUGCGUUGCUUUCCAUCCGACACGGCCCUUGAUGGCUAGCGCUGGUGCAGAUGGUUUGGCCAAAGUCUUCGUAUGA